GUUUCGGCCUUGGCCGUCAUUAUGUGAAUUUUUCCAGACGCUCCGAGCUUUUGUAAACGCGAAUUUAUUUAGUUAUUGCGAGACACUCAGCUGAUUAACUUGUAGAAUACAUAAAUUAUUUUCAAAGAAGUGCAGCGCGUAGAUUAAAUUCAAACGAAAUGGCGACAAAAUUGGAUGCAAUAAUUUUCGGCGCAACCGGCUUUACUGGAGAAAUUGUCGUUGAUAAUGCGCCGGAGGUGUUGCAAGGCUUGACGUGGGGUAUUGCGGGAAGGAAUUCGGCUAAAUUGGAAAAUGUCUUGAAAGUAGCCGGUAAAAAAAUAGGCAAGGAUCUUAGUAAGAUACCCAUUAUUUUGGCAGACGUUGAAGAUGAAAAUUCCAUAAAGGAAAUGGCGAACAAGAGCAAGGUCAUCAUCAAUUGUUGCGGCCCCUAUCGUUUUUAUGGCGAGGUGGUUGUGAAAGCCUGCAUUGAAGCUGGCACUCAUCACGUGGAUAUCAGCGGUGAGCCACAAUUUAUCGACGGCAUGGCUGUAAAGUAUCAUGAAUUGGCCAAAGAGAAGCACGCCUAUGUUGUCUCGGCCUGCGGAUUUGAUAGUAUACCUGCGGAAAUGGGUGUGGUCUUUGCAGAACGUAAUUUUCCAGGUACUGUGAACUCCAUUGAAACAUACUGGGAGAAUACCGUCGAUUUCAAAGAGGGUGAGUCUAAAGCAAUGCUGCAUACCGGUACUUGGGAGAGCGUUGUAUACGCGCUGAGCCAUGCCAAGGAAGUGAUUGCACUCACAAAACAGCUGAAGCCCAAAGAUUAUCCAGAGUUGAAACCGGCUUUGAAAGUGCGCCGCUACCCGCAUAAGGUGCCUACACUUGAAAGCUACUUUGUACCCGUAAUGGGUGGAGAUCGCCAUAUCGUUACAAACACACAACGUUUAUGGUUUGAGAAUGAGGAAAAGCGUCCAAUACAAUUCGAAAAUUAUGUUGGUUACAAAUCGCUACUCUACGCCAUCAUAACGCCCCUUAUAGUGGUGUUAAUCUCUCUGUUGUCCCAAUUCAAUUUUACGCGCAACUUACUUUUGAAAUAUCCACAAAUUUUCUCUUUGGGUCUCAUAUCACCCGAUGGGCCAACGCAAGCCACUAUGGAAUCUCACUUCUUCCAAAUGCUUUUCAAAACUAAAGGCUGGACCAAGGCGCAAUCGCUGAGUGAGCAACCUAAACAGCAGCUAUGGACACGUGUCUCUGGUCGCAAUCCUUUCUAUGCCAUGACUGGUGUGGCUAUGUUGGCAGUAGCGAAGAUUAUUUUGCAGGAGACGGACAAGUUGCCUGGAAGUGGUGGCGUGAUCUCUCCUGGUUAUGCUUUCGCCAAAACUAGCCUCAUUGAAGACUUGGAGAAGUACAAAUACGGCAUGAAGUUCGAGGUACUGAAGUUGGAGGCGUAGUUGUUUAGAAGCCAGUAAAAAGUGUGGAUUUAAUACGUUUUUUUUAUUAUAUUUAAAAUAAAGAUAAUACACACCCUGCGAGAAAUAAACAACAAGACUUAA